UGCCGGAGGGUGGCACUUGCUCUUCCUCUCGUCCCUUCCGGGCCCCGUGGCGCUUCCUGAACAGCUGCCCGAGCUGCGGCAGGGCGCCGGAGCGGCUGAUUCCCGAGCUGCUUCGCUUGCUUUCCAUUCCGGCAUCGGCUCCUGCCGUGCUGGACGUGCCCCGUUGUUAGCUGGUAUUCUGUAUUUUUGUGUCCUUUGAGACGCUUUCUGAGAGCAGUGUCCUAGCCUCCCGCCUGCUCGCUGGGCACACGGAGACUCCGAAGCGCGUUGGGGAAUAUUUCCGGCAGAUUUUUCACAUCCCAGAGCUGCUGCUGUCACGGAAAAUUCCUGCUUGCUCGCUGAGAUAAACAGGACACGGAGAGGCUUCUGCUGGAAGGCGCCUGCCCGCUUGCUCCAGGAUGGCCGCGCAGCUCUUCCAAGGGAAAGGACAUGCUGCCGUGUACCAGAAAUACCGCUUCGCUCCCGGCAAGGAGCUGCAGCAGAUCAUCCUCUCCUACGUGCAGGAAAAGGGGACCAGUCCCACCGAGCUGGUAGUGGACGUGGGCUGCGGGUCAGGACAAGGCACCCUCUUCCUGGCGGAGCAUUUCAAGAAGGUGGUGGGAACGGACAUCAGCGAAGCGCAGAUCCAGGAGGGCAGAGAGGCACCCUCUCCUCCAAACUUGUCCUACCUCGUGUGCCCCGCCGAGGAGCUGCCGUUUGAGGAUGGCUCAGUGGACCUCCUUACUUCAUUCACAGCCGCCCACUGGUUUGACAUCGAGAAGUUCAUGAAGGAGGUAGACCGCGUCGUUAAGCCGCGCGGUUGUGUGGCUCUCAGCACCUACACCGUGGACAUGAGACUGCACUAUGGGAACUGCUCCGAAAAGCUGACCCAGAUCUUCAGAGAGACCAGGGACGUGAUUUUUAAGUACUCGCAUAGUAGAGUAAAGCAUGUCUUGGAAGACUACAAAGAGAUAUUUGAGGCCUUGCCUUUCAAAGACAAGAAGAGACUCACUGAAAUCUUUGAUAAAAUUCCCAUGACGGUUGCUGGUGUGGUUGGUUACUUGGAGUCUGUCUCUCCGUAUCAAGCCUACAUGAAGGAUGACCCUGAAGCUGCAAAAACUCUCCUCCAAGAAACUGAAAAGAGGUUUCUGGAGGUGAUGGGAGUUUCCUCUCCGGAAACCCAGCUGGAGUUCUGGGUAAGGCACGUCUGUGUCCUGGGGUGCAAGGGACCAUGAAAGGAAAACUCCUCAGCUGGUUGAAGGAGAAAAAAAUGUGGAUCUCCUAAUAUCCUCUUUGUAACCACUUCCAAAGAUUGAUGGUGGGUUUUCUUAAAUCUCUUUUGGUGAUGAAAUUCGGAUCUUCUGUGGAAGGUAGACAUGGGUUUCGUGUCUGCUCUUAGUCCACAACAGCCUUUCUGUGGUGCCUGAUCAAGGAGACAGCCUUAUCCUACCCUGGAAGCCACCAGUUUCCGACCGCAGCUGUCGGACUGUGCUGGGGAUGAGCGUUACAGCCACAACCGACAAUCUU